AUCCCGGCGUGCCCCGCGGCGUCGCCCUAUUCCCCCAUCGUGCUCUGCGGCGCGCCGCCUCAAGUAGGAGGGGGGGACGGCGCAAGAUGGCGGCGCGAGGCGGUGGGCCAGGCGCUGAGGCGGCCGCGGGCGGGGUGAACGUCUUCGCCAACGACGGCUCCUUCCUGGAGCUCUUCAAGCGGCACAUGGAAGAGGCCGCAGCGGCCGGCGGGAGGAGUGGUGCGGGAGCGCAGGGGACCGAGAAAGAGGCCGAGCCGCGGACGGAGCCGCCUGGGGAGCAGGAGCCUGCGGGGAAGAAGCGGAGCGGGAGCGCCCUUAGCUUCGUGGGCAAGCGGAGAGGGGGCAGCAAGCUAGCCCUGAAGACAGGAGUGGUAGCCAAGAAACAAAAGACAGAGGAUGAGGUUUUGACAAGUAAAGGAGAUGCAUGGGCCAAAUAUAUGGCUGAAGUGAAAAAGUACAAAGCCCACCAGUGCAGUGACGAUGAUAAAACCCGCCCCUUGGUGAAAUAACCUUCGGCUGGACUGUCUCUGAUGUACAUAAUUAUUUAAAACAGAGAAGGAAAAUAGCUCUGCCCACAGACUGAGUGCUGCCAUGGCAGCAGGUGACUUGCCAUACUUUUAUACCUGGGAGAGCUUCCUUCAUUGGUUCAUUUAUUGUUUUCUUCCCCCCAUCCUGAGAACUAAGAACUUUGACUUAGUUGCUGAUUUUUUUUAAACCUGUAAUCCCCAAAUAGUGGAAGUGGUCUGUCAUGUUUUUCCUUGAAUCACCCAGCAAUAUACCUCUCCUAUUGCACCACAAGGCACACAGCCUUUGCUUAACAUUACUCCUGAAGUUUCCGCCAUGGGGUCAUCCAACUGACUUCAUCUCUGCCAAAUGAUAUCUUCCUAUUGAAGGUGAACUUAGAUGCAGUCACAGCUAGCUGAUCUGUGCUGCUGGCUGUAGUAACCCACUUUCAGCUUUCCUUAUCUGUAGCUGAUGAAAAAUGACUGCUGUGGAGUUUCUUGGUAUGCAGCAAGUUUGUGACUGCAUUUCUGCCUUUUUUUUUACCCAUUUCUCUUUAAUAUUGCAGUGGGUUGUGGGGGUUUCAUUUUGAAUUCCAGUUGCUGUUGCUUAAACCUGUUCUAGUUUUCUGCUGUGCAUGCUCCAAUCCAGCACCAGGGAUUAUUCUGUGCCUCUUUCCUAGCUAAGGAGGUAGAAACUUAUUCUGCACUUAAUUCUGUACCAUCAGCAUAUUAGAGAAAAACUGGUUAAAAUUACCAAAGGCUUGCCUAGGACAAAUGGAACUCCAAGUAUCAUGAUUUUAGCCUUUGACCAGCCCUUAUGUCCUUGUUUUGAAUUGUGUGCCUAGAGUUCUUGGACUGCAACCACAGGUCUGUGGCUGUUGGCUUGGUAAUAGCCUGCUGUGGACAUGACCUGCUUUUUUAUCUAUCCUUAGUGCUGCCAAUUGGAUUCUGUAUGCUAUUCUUGUUAAGUGUUCUGAGUGCUGAGAUGUAAUCCCUGGCACAGACAGCCAUGAAUUGUAUUGUUGCUGUGAGUGGCUGGACUCGACAGCUUUGUAGAAAAGCCUCUGGUAUAUUCCUUGCAAUUGUAAUGAAACUGAAAAAUGAGAAUAUUAAUUAGAUCUUCCAGAGAUCUAAUUAUAUCACUUCCAGUUUUAUUCUGGGGUGCAACGGGAACAACUUCUGAAUUGCUCCUUUGUUUUAGGGCUUUUUAAUGGAACAGGCACCUUUGUUGAGGACAGAAAAAUACCUGUAAGUGUUAAAUGUGCAACUCAUAUACUACAGGAGCACCAUUUGAGCUAAUCUACCAUCUGCUGUGAUAAGGCUAUCUGGAUGGUUAAUAAAUCAAAGUGUUUAUAAAAGAGCAUACAUCCCAGAUAUUCUAUAUACACUCUUUUACAAAAUGUCACUGGUUUCUGGCUCUUAGAACAUCUUUGGAACCUAUGUAGGAUACUUAAAGAUCCUUGAAGUGGCGAGAACAAUGUUCUUUUUUAAAAAGAAAACAUUAAGAACACUUGAUGGGAUUUCAGCCAGUUGGAGGCACUAUCUGCUGUUGAAUGUCUGAAGCAGCAGUAGAGGCUUGAAUAUUUCACUAGUGUUUGGUUAUAAGCAGUGGCAGUUUGCUUCCCUGUUAUAUGGUUAGGCUCACGUUAUUGCUUUUGACCUACACAGGUCAGCAUUCAAUGCCGAAAAUCACUCAGAAUACUGACUUUUAAAAAUAAAAACGUAUUGUGGAUA